AUGUCCCAAAUGCCUGAACCCCGGUUUGGACCAACCGACAACCAAACUUUUGCACACCACGUCCAGACUCUCUACGAAUUAGCCGUACCAAACACUAGCAUUUACCAAGCACUGAAUAGCGAGCUUCCCGUUAGUAACCUUGUAGAUACUUUUAACGCUGCAUCAAAAGAUAUUGACUUAUGGCUAGAGUACGCAAACAUCGCCAUAUUCGCUCUUGAACUUGACGUACGAGAAGGUAUGAGCAUAAAGAAUGUCGGUGAAAUGGACGUUCUGAUUCAUAAGUUCGCGCCAAAUGUCGACCUGCUUCGAGAAUUGUCUCAAAAAAUCAUCAGCCAACUAAAGGAGUCGGAUGAAGACGACGAAAACACCAAAAAAACGAUCACUGAAAAUAUCGAGAGAAUACACGGGGAUUGGGUUGAGGCCAAAGCUUUCUUUCAAAAAGUGAAGAAAGAAAUGUCAGAAUCGAAACAAAGGCGAGAACUUUUGGAUACUAUGGAUCAGAUAUUAAUUUCGAUUGAGGAAUUAAACACAAAUAUCUUCGAGUAUCAAGAACAUAGGCAUAGUGGUAUGAUCGGGGGAGAUAAUGUUUAUAAUGAACAAGAGAAUGGUGGUCGAAGUAGACCAAUGACUCCGGCUGCACCAAUGUCUGCUGCAACUAAUAACAGUGAACUAAGUUCACGUGCUGAUAUUGCAUUAAUGCAAUUAGAUUCUCGUCUAGAUCCACUUUCAGCUCGAAUAGAGUAUCUAAAAUCUCGUCUAUCUGCUCCGAAUGCUCCUUCUGAUCCAACAGGAGCAUUGGCAAAGAAAAAUAAAAUUCUGACCAAUAAAUGGGACGCAUUGAAUCAUGAAAUGAAAUCUCUACGAGAAGAACUCAAAGAAGAUCGAUGGCUGACCGUAUUCAAACAAGUUUCCACGCAAGCAAAUCAAAUGAUGGAUUCACUUGAGAGAGCUGUUCGACAAUGCAGAGAUUUCGUUUCACGUGCCACUAGUCGCUCUGAAUCACCAUUGCCACUAAAACAAUUACAGGCACGUGGAAUGGCAAUACCAUUACCACGCUUCAGUCCGCAGAAAUCACAGCAACAGCAACAGCAACAACCGAUAAUACAACCUCCUGUACAAAUUACUGGCAAAAAUUUCCAAAGACUUUACAAAAAUUUCGACGCAAAAAGGAAAUAUUAUCUCCCAGCAGUUACAAAAAUGCUGACAAUGCUCGGGAAUGGUAUCAAUAAUGAAAUGACCAAAGAUUGGGAAGUUAUCAACAAAUAUAAAUCAAUGAAAGAAAGAUGGGAUAAUAUCUUAGAAGGCAUAGCUGAAGUUCAACAAGAUAUGCCAAAAUUAGAGGCUUUAAUGGAAGCAGCACUUAUUACUAGUAACUCUCCGCCUUCUUCAAAACCAUCUUCUAUUGCUUCAUCGCCACCAAUUUCGCCUCAUAUGCGACCAGUAAGGGGAGUAUUUUCUCCUGAAGUUGGAUCACCUCCGAAACCAAAUCGAUCAGUAUCCCCAUAUCAUGCAGAACGUGCUCUAUCACCUCCACGAAAUAAUAAUCCUGCUAAAUCUCCUUCAUUGCGAUCAAAAUCACCCUCACCACGAGCAUUAAGUCCAUAUGGUAGUCGACAAGGCUAUUUAUCAACGAAUAGUCGUCGAUCAGAAAGUCCUCCUCCCACGCCUUCAUUUCAAGAACAUAGACCUCCAUGGAAUUAUAAUAGUCAUUUUCAACAAACACACAAUUCUUCGCCAUAUAGUCCAACUUAUCUUAACCAUGGAUAUAACAAUUCACAUUAUCGGUCAGUAUCACCACAGCCAGGCUAUGAAAAAUAUUAUGGUCGAACGAAACCUACAAGUCGUUCAGGUUCACCAACAAGAUCACCUUCAGUAGCAGCCACGCGUCCACUAUCCCCCGGAGAUCGUGCACAUGCAUCUGCAAUACCAAGACCUGUAACUAGUAUGGGAAUAGCGGGUCGAGCUAGUUCACGAAUUGGAAUGCGUUCAAUGCUUCCCACCUCGAGUACGCCAUCACCUGGUAUGAUGUCAAGUAUGUAUCGAUCAAAAACUAGUCAAGCACGAUCCCCAACUCCUUCUUCGAAUGCCAGUGAUAAUUCACGCCCCAUGACACCAGAAAAUUAUGAAGAACAGGACAAUGAUGACUACAUAAUGGAUACAUUAAAAAAUAUGAAAGUAAAAAAUCAUCCGAAAUAUGUUCCCAUAAAAAAUGACCUACUGGAUCUUGAAAUUGCAAAGAUAGUAAAUAAACAUCCAGUUUCGGUUAAAAUAGAACGUGCGCCAGGCGGCAAAGGCAAAUAUUGUUUUGGCAAUGAAAGUUCUGUUUCCGGCAAAAAGAUUUACCUUUGUCGAUUAAAUCCAAAUCCAAAUUCCAAAAAUAAAGUUACUGUUCGAGUGGGAGGCGGAUGGCAGGAUUUUGAAAUGUUUUUGUUGGAGCAUAGCUUAACUAGCAAUAUUGGUGCACGAAGCUUAUUUUUAUCAUAG